UUUUCUCACAAAGAUCAGACUGUCUUGCGCCAAAGUUGUGGGACAGGACUUUGAAAACUUUAAAAUUAAAGUUAUGUACCAAAAUUGUACCUGAGUAAGUUACCCGUUCCAAUUUACAUAGGUGUGUGGCGAUCAGUAUUAAGUAAUCGUUGUGGAUGCCAAUUAACCACGUACGACAUACCAAACCCGGUCUCAUUAUUUACGAUAAGCGAAUACUAUUAUUAGUUCCAUUACAAGUGCGUACAGUUUAGCAGAUAAUUUGUGAUAAGAGAGCAUACACCAAUUCAUAACUUUUCACAGUGGCUUAAAUCGACACUUGUUGUUAUUUGAAGCAGAAUGGGAGUAGUUGCAAAGAAUUAAAUUUAUUGCCCACAAAAAUUGUUUUAUUAUUGGUGUCAACCCCCAUUAAUUGUCAAGUUUCUAUUGUUUGCGGCUAUGCAAGGAAUGUGAGUAGUUUUCUGAGUGAGACCUUGGAGAAAAUAUUCAAGCUGGAUUAUUGGGAUAUUUCUUUCUACUUGCUGCACUUCGUUUGGCUAAGUCGUGGUGUGCAAUUGGACUCGAAGUUACUACACAAGGUCUGACUGGAUAAAUUUAGAAGAUGAUCACGAUCAGGACUCGUCACUCGUCCGAGUAACCAUUCACUAGCAGAACAACGGUAACGAUGCCUAGUGUCGGACUACUGGGGCGGAAUCUGGUUCGUCAAGUGGGGACAAUGAAUGAGUACGGGGGGAGCAAUGAGGAGCGGUGCGACUGCUGCCCUUACGGCUACCACAUUGACCUGGACUUUGUCCCCUUCAGUAAAAAGAUGCUGUCCAGGGAGGGCGACUACGAGCGGCUUAAACAACUAAAGGACAAAUGGAGGUCGGAACGCAAGUCGAUGGACACAUUACUCGGAGUGGAUUAUAUCAGCACGCCAUCGUCCAAAAUCUGCCUCAGCCCCAAUAACUUGUCAGCAACACUUUCUCGAGCAACAAAGGACGUUUGGAGGGAGCGAUCCUCCUGGAAAAGUAAGAAUGUGAGAAGCUUAGGAAGUGACGAUACAGAUUUGGCGAGAAACGGAAGCAGCAGCAGUUCCGAGCUUCUCCUUGAGAACGGGCUGAGCGAAGCAGUGACAGAUUUUGAGGAAGCGUUGCAAAGAACUCGACCCCAGUCCAAGAUCCUGUCCUACGAAAUUCCAGACUCGCAAAAGUUUCAUACCUUCCCAAGAAUCAAGACGCCCGCAUUGAGGGACCCCGUCACCGGCACGACCAGCAACCUUACCGCCGUGAGCAACAUUUUUAGCAACAGAGCCACCAGUGGGAGCACUUCGACAAAUUCCGCCUCCACCGUAGUCAUGAGGGACUCUCUGGUCAGACAUUCCUCCAUGGAGAUGGUCAAGCGAAGUCAAGACUUGGGUGAGCUGGAGCCCCAACUUUUCAGCCGUGUGGGUCGAGCUGGAGACGGCGAUGAGCACGAAACUAAGUUUGUCGAAUUGGAAAGACAGGUCAAACUGAUUCCUGAACUUGAGACGAAACUUAAAGACCUGGCGGCAGAGAAACGUCAACUUUUGCAAUUAUUGGAAAUAGAGAGGUCCAAAUGCGCCUCUAUGACGAAGGAUCUGCUCAACAACACGACGAAUAAGGCUCCAACAACAGUCAAGCGAUUAAGUACGCGAGAUGCUGGGGUCCAAAAAAGCGUUGCUACACGAGACGUUGGAGUCACCCACAUCAUGCCUAGAAUGAGAACAAUCGCCGUUGGAGGAAACGUGGACAUAAGUACUUGGGAACGAUCUUCUCGCGGCGAGUCCUGUUCACCGACCGGAAGUUCUAAUGGGACACUGAGGCGAAGAGUGAAAACAUUCGAUGCAGGUGUCCAAGUCAAGGAUUACGAUUUCCCGAGUUCUGAUCCUGUCCCCGUUCUCCAAAUCGUGGAAGGUGUCGAGUUUGGAGUGCAAGUAGACACCAACCUUGAUGAACCAAUGAAAGCUCCACCGAGAAAGAAACACGCUGGAACAAUGGCAAAACCAGUCACUUCAGAUGUUGGAAUGUUCCACAAGCCAACCCAACGAGACGCCGGAAGCGCAAUGGAUACAGAACCCGCGAAGCCAAUUAAACCCCGAGUGAAACAUGUCGGAAUUUCGGCCACGUUGGACGAGGACAAACCAAAAGUACCGGAUAAGGUGAAGCCCAACCGCGCCAUUGCCACCAACACGGACCGAUUAAGAGUGACAUCCAUUGGGUGCAACACUACGGCCGAGGGAAAACCAAGAGCGACAUCAUCCUCGUCCCAAACGGAUAAUGUGGAACCUUCCACAACAACCCCAACCAUUGCUGGCGUAUUGAAAAAGAGAACCAUGACACUGCCAUUCAGCACUGCUUCAUCAUCUCCUUCCGUCCUACAAAAGUCUCCUGGUGAUACAAAAGGUCUCUCCAAAAUACCCAGACUAACGUCUCCACUUAGCUCUCCGGGUGUUCAGCAAAGAGUGAAUGCGGUUUCAUCUCCGAACCCGGAUCGUUCUGAAUCUCCAGCGUCUUCAGCGUCGAGUGGGACGCAUAGUCCUUCUCCGGCAGCGGCUGAGAGUCUCGUCAAUUAUUCUCCUAUUCACAGGAAACCUGCUUAUCAAAGGUCAGACACCUACAUAAAAGAACUUUAUCUACCAGAGCGGUCACAUUUUGGGCCUUUGGAACCCCUGGAAGAAGAGGAUAGAGAAGGACCACGGUCAUCCUCGGCAUCAUCCUCAUCGGGGUUUGUACCCCUUCAAGAAAGGCGUGAAAAAAUUUCUCCAAGCAAAGAGAUGCAAGCGGCACUAAAGGUUCUAAACGAUGCAUUACUCCGUGGGAAAACUACGGAACAAGUCACUAACGCCAUUAGCAUAAUUCUUCACGAGUGGUUUAGGGUUGCUGGAACGAAAACUGCAAAUCCCUUCGAUGUCGAAGACUACUUGGACAGUUUUGAAAUUUACUCCCCACAGCUUCUCCGUUAUAUUGUCAACAUGCCAGAUGGAAAUGGGAACACCGCCCUUCACUACGCCGUGUCGCAUGGAAAUUUCGACGUCGUGUCCAUUCUUCUAGACUCUAAAGUAUGCGACCCCAACAAAGCCAACAAGGCUGGCUACACCAGCAUCAUGCUCGUGGCAUUGGCAAAUAUUUCUUGUGAAGCUCAUCGACAGGUUGUGAGAAGAUUGUUUAGCUUGGGAGAUGUGAACAUCAAGGCCGCACAGCAUGGUCAAACUGCCUUAAUGCUUGGAGCAUCUCACGGGCGAUUCGACACGAUCCGACUCCUACUCGAAGCUGGGGCCGAUAUCAACAUUCAGGACGAGGAUGGAAGCACGGCUCUUAUGUGUGCGGCGGAACAUGGUCACAUGAAAAUUGUCAAGUACCUGCUGGCUCAUCCUGAUUGCAACCCACACAUUACUGACAAUGAUGGGAGCACCGCAUUCAGCAUCGCUAUGGAAGGUCAACACAAAGACAUCGGAGUGCUCCUCUACGCUCAAAUGCACUUCGCCAGGCCAGAGGGUGCAGGAGGACUGGCAGCAAAGUCAAGAAGCACGACGCCAAGUGCCAGUUCACAAAAUUCGACGGCGUCCUCCACAAACACAUCGCCCUUGGCGGCCAAGCGAAUCCAGUCAGAUUCUUCCUUGCUCUCCCCCCAAAAGUAGAAAAACUGAAUGUCUAGCUCGUAUCGUAAUACCAACACAACAAAAAUAGCACAUAUAUAAUUAUUAAUCCAUACAAUUACUUAUUUAAUUGUGAUCGCACGAAAUCUAUUUAUAUUUUUGAGACCGGUCUCAAAAACCAGUAGCAGAAUGCCGGUCCAAAUUUUUUUUUGUAUUUGUCUAAUCUAAAUAAGUCUUGAACUUAAUGAUCAAACUAUAUAUGUAACUCACAUAAUUUAAUAAGUCUCCUUCUCCAGAGAACAAGUCAGUAAUGAAUAUUAAACAUAAUCAAAAAGUACAUAUGACAGGGGAAUCAAGGCACUUUAUUAUUACUACAACUGAUCAUUUUCAAAAACACGUAAUGCUGCCUAUUAAGGUUAUUGAUGAGUACCAUUGAUGUAUUGCUUAUAAUAAUAAUAAUAUUUAACGGAUUUAUAUUGGGUUGCAAUCGUAUGACAAU